UUAUCAAAGGUUUGUAGAAAUACCUGGAACCGUGUUGUUGAUCGCCAAGAGCUUGAUGCGGAAUCUGGAAGACGAUCUACAGCCGGACGAUACUUCUUAGAGCACGAUCCGGGAGGUUUUGUGAUCUUCCUCAACCAAGCCUCCUUAGACCACUAACGGGAAUCCUCUGAUCUUCCUGAUGGGGAGAAGAAGAGAGUGUUUCGUCUUGAUGUCUUGGGGACCACAACCUC